AUGACUGGUGUUCAAGAAACUUCGUGUAAGCUUUGCCUCGAAACUGUAACCGUUAAAGGUUUUGAGGUAAUAAACAACGUUAUGAGAGAUAUUUCAGAUGUUCUUUUGCUGAAAUUGAAAUUGGAUGGCGAAGGCAAAGAGGUUAUAUGUAACGUCUGCAGAAGAAAGUUAAACGCAGCAUUCGAAUUUAAGUCAACUUGUCUGAAGAACGAUUACACAAUUAUUCCCUAUGUGGAUUGUGAAAAAAUGUUACAGCUCGAUAUCAGAGACGUGUAUACGAAGGAAAAAACAAGCGAGUCAGUGGAUAUUUCAGAUGGUCACAAAAUAUGUCGGUUGUGUAUGGAGCCAGUAGAAAGUGAGUUUAGGUGCAUUUGUCAAGAGGAACUUGAAGCUAUCGAGAAAUUGGCUCCUGAAAUGAAUAUAAGUAUCAUCAAAGAUCCCGUUGUAUGUAAGGAAUGCUUUGAUUCUGUGUGCACCCACAACAGUUUCCUAAAAAAUUGCUUUCAAGUACAGGAAGAAAUUGGAGGUAUUUUUUAUAGCGCAGCGACAGAACUUCAGAUAGAUGCGUCACCAGCCGAUUUAUUCGUUAAGACUGAAAACGAGGACAAAGAAUUCGAUAUCAGCGAGAUGGAAAUGUCUAUCAAAGCUGAAAGUAUCGACAUAAAAUCGGAAGAUGAGGAAAGCAGCGACUCGCUACUGCAGAGCUCCGAUAGAGAUUUAUUCGAGAAGAGUGUCCGUAGAGAUGCAGAAGAGGAUGGAUGUAAACAUGAGAAUAGAUCGACAAACGAAUGUAAUACGAAGGUCAAGCAGGACCGCAAAGUAUUUUACAAAUGUGAUAAAUGUAUUUACAAAACUGGAAGCGAGAGCCGUUUUAUAGCACAUCCUGCAAGACAGGAGAACGAUUCGGAAGUAUAUAAAUGUGAAUCGUGGGAGUACGAAAGCGAAAAUAAAAAUUUUUUUCAGAAGCAUCAGUUGAGACAUAAAGACUCUUCGGAUACGCGUAUGCACCGAUGUGGAUUUUAUGAUUACAAGACAAAGAACAGAUGUGAGCUUGCUAAGAGUCAGAAAACUGACUACUCACUUCGCUGUGGUAUUUACACGUUGAGAGAUCAACUAGGUGAUGUUGCCGAUGUCGUAUAG